AUGUAUUUUCGCUGUAGUACAUCUAUCUAUCUAUCUAUCUAUCUAUCUAUCUAUCUAUCUAUCUAUCUAUCUAUCUAUCUAUAUAUAUAUAUAUAUAGUAAAGUCUGUUUAUAUCUAUCUAUCUAUCUAUCUAUCUAUCUAUCUAUCUAUCUAUCUAUCUAUCUAUCUCGGUCUCUCUCUCUUUCUCUCUCUGUAUCUAUCUAUCUAUCUAUCUCAGCUCUCCAUCUAUUUUUCGUAGUCUAUCUAUCUAUCUAUCUAUCUAUCUAUCUGAGUCUCUCUCUCUCUCUCUCUCUCUCUAUCUAUCUAUCUAUCUAUCUAUCUCAGUCACUUCAUCUAUCUCUCUAUCUAUCUAUUUAUCUCAGUCUCUUCAUGUCUCCCUCUCAGCCUAUUUAUCUCAGUCUCUCUCUCUAUCUAUCUCAGUCUCUCUAUCUAUCUAUCUAUCUAUCUAUCUAUCUAUCUAUCUAUCUAUCUAUCUAUCUCUCUCUCUCUCUCUCUCUCUCUCUCUCUCUCUCUCUCUAUCUAUCUAUCUAUCUAUCUCAGUCUCUUCAUUUAUCUUUCUAUUACAGCAUGAGCCAAUCUAAAUUUUCUGAUCUAUCUAUCAAAGUCUUUUCAUAUCUAUCUAUCUAUCUAUCUAUCUAA